UUCUUUCUUCGCUUUCUCCCUACUUUUUCUUUUCCAUUAGGUACGUGGGCGUAUUUUGGGUAUUGGCGGCAAUGGAGAUGUGCCCAAAUGAAUUCUUCUGUUAGAUAAUUUUAGCAUUCCGUUUCAUCAAUUCGCAAUAUUAAUUCUUGUGUUUUGCAAAAGCUAAUUUGAUUGUUUCUCCUUUCUUUUUGCAACAUUGUUAUCUUGAUCAAUUUUGUUAUUUCUAGCUCUUAUCUCUCAUUCGAAAUGUUAUGAUCUUGAAAUGUGAUAGUCAUAGACGCUGUAUUUUUAGAUUUCGAGUUAAAGAUUUUUAGAACAUAACUUUUCGAUUAUUCGAUUUAACGACAAGGGGCUUUUACAUAACAAUUUAGACAAAAAUUCAAUAAUUAAAAAUAUUUUGCUUUUCUCAGAAUGCAUGAUUAGGUUGAGCAAUCAUAUACAAUCUUGGUAAGUUGGAUUUGUUGAUGAAUUUUGUUAUUAGAAGCAUGAAGACAGAAUUCACGUUUAUGGAGGUUGGCGGCAACUUAUACAGUAGCAUUUAUUGGAGAGGCUCAAAGCACAUUAUGAAUGGAGAUCUGAAAUUGAGAAUUAGAAUCCCUCGCAAUGGUGGUGACUGGUUCUUCUUCAGAGCUGGUGUAGAAGUGCUGCAUACCCAAUGCCAGCGCGCCUCUAAACCAGCUUCAAAAUCCUCCAUAGAUGCAUUGCCAUCUGUCACGAUUUCCACCGACAAAGAUAUCAUCUGUGCCGUUUGCACAGAAAGAUUGGAGGAGGGGUCUCAGACGUGCAGGGAGCUUCCGUGCAAGCAUUUGUACCACUCCGACUGCAUCGUGCCAUGGCUGCAACGACGCAAUUCCUGCCCUAUUUGUCGCCACAUGUUAACUCACAACUCCACACAACAAAGUGGAGAUGAUCAAGCAAUACAGAUGAAGCGUUGGUCUUGCUUGUGGUCGUUGGGAUCUCGCCGUGAAAAGAAGCUGAACCUUAUCUCCGGGGACGCCCCUUCUAUAUAGCAAAAGGGCAAAGGCUUAGAACUCCCAAAUUUUUUAAAUAGGGCAUUAGCCAAAACAUAAACUCCUAUAUUAUUUACGGGGUUAGGUUGUAGUGAAAAUGCUAUUUUUCAUGAGAAAUGAGAAUAAUGCAUAAGUCAGUAUAUAGUGUUACAUAAGUUACUUGUAAUGAUUGAAUAACAGUAUUUAAUUAAUUGAUAAAAA